AUGUCAGACGAUCAGAGUUCACAAUCCUCACCAGCAACAACUCCAUCAUCAGCACGUCCCUUCAUGCCACUACCAUUGGAAUUGAACGGAGAGCGAAGGAAACCGUCCAAGAAGCUCAGCUUUCAAGGAUGUCAGGGUGGACAGGCGCCAAUGAUACCGGAUCCGACCCGGGAACGCAUACGCAUGCAGGCCGCGGCGGGCAAACUACAGAUCGCACCAAACCAAAUGUACGACUUCACCUCAGAUGAUCUGCUCGACGAGGGUGAAAUAGGGCGCGGUGCAUUCGGUGCGGUCAACCGGAUGAAGUUCACGCACACUGGCACGGUGAUGGCGGUGAAGCGCAUUCGCUCGACAGUGGACGAAAAGGAACAGAAGCAGCUGCUGAUGGAUCUGGAGGUGGUGAUGAAAUCCAACGAUUGCAACACCAUAGUCACGUUCUACGGUGCCCUGUUCAAGGAAGGUGACUGUUGGAUCUGCAUGGAGCUGAUGGACACAUCGCUCGAUAAAUUUUACAAGUUCAUCUGCGAAUGCCAGCAAAGCCGCAUCCCGGAACCAAUACUGGCGCAGAUCACAUUCGCGACCGUACGCGCACUGAACUAUUUGAAGGAAGAGCUGAAAAUCAUCCACCGGGAUGUAAAACCGAGCAAUAUACUGCUGAAGCGUAACGGGGACAUAAAGCUUUGUGAUUUCGGCAUCUCUGGACAGCUGGUGGAUUCGAUCGCACGUACGAAGGAUGCAGGAUGCCGACCGUACAUGGCGCCGGAACGUAUCGAUCCUCAACGCGCCAAGGGCUACGAUGUGCGCAGUGAUGUGUGGUCACUUGGUAUUACGUUAAUGGAGGUAGCGACUGGCAAAUUCCCUUACCCGAAAUGGGGUUCUGUGUUUGAGCAGCUUUCACAGGUCGUUGAAGGUGAUCCCCCUCGACUAUGUACCACCUACAAUGGGAUGGAAUUUUCUAUAGAUUUUGUAAAUUUUGUAAAUACUUGCUUAAUCAAGGACGAACGUGAUCGUCCCAAGUAUGGGAAGUUGUUGCAGCACGCGUUUAUUCAGCUGGCAGAAAAAAGUGACACGGAUGUUGCAGCUUACGUGAGCGAAGUGUUGGAAUCGAUGGCGAACAAUGGUAUCACACAAUUUACCACCAACUUACCGGCGGAAGGUUGGAACGAAAGUUUCAAUUAG